AUGUCUAAGUCAGAGUCUCCUAGAGAGCCCGAACAGCUGCGGAAGCUCUUCAUCGGAGGUUUGAGUUUUGAAACAACCGAUGACAGUCUGAGGAGCCAUUGUGAGCAACGGGGAGCGCUCACAGAUCCAAACACCGGGCGCUCCAGAGGCUUCGGGGUUGUCACAUAGGCCACUGUGGAGGAGUUGGAUGCGGCCAUGAAGACAAGGCCACACGAGGUGGAUGGAAGAGUUGGGGAACAAAAAAGGGCCGUCUCCAGAGACGAUUCUCAAAGACCUGGUGCCCACUUAACUGUGAAAAAGAUUUUUGUUGGUGGCAUUAAAGAAGACACUGAAGAACAUCACCUAAGAGAUUAUUUUGAACAGUAUGGGAAAACUGAAGUGAUUGAAGUCAUGACUGACCGAGGUAGCGGCAAAAAGAGAGGCUUUGCUUUCGUAACCUUUGAGGACCAUGACUCCGUAGACAAGCCUGUCAUUCAGGAAUACCACACUGUGAAUGGCCACAACUGUGAAGUAAGGAAAGCCCUACCUAAGCAACAGAUGGCUGGUGCUUCAUCCAGCCAAAGAGGUCAAAGUGGUUGUGGAAACUUUGGUGGUGGUCGUGGAAACUUUGGUGGUGGUCGUGGAGGGGGUUUUGGUGGGAAUGACGCCUUUGGUCGUGGAGGAAACUUCAGUGGCCGAGGUGGCUUUGGUGGCAGCCGCGGUGGUGGUGGAUAUGGUGGCCGUGGGGAUGGCUCUAAUGGGUUUGGUAACGACGGAAGCCAUUUUGGAGGUGGUGGAAGCUACGACGAUUUUGGCAGUUACAACAAUCAAUCUUCCAAUACUGGGCCCGUGAAAGGAGGAAACUUUGGAGGCAGAAGUUCUGGCCCCUGUGGUGGUGGAGGCCAAUACUGUGCCAAACCACGAAACCAAGGUAGCUAUGGUGGUUCCAGCAGCAGCAGGAGCUAUGGCAGUGGCAGAAGGUUUUAAUGACUGCCAGGAAACAAAGCUUAGCAGGAGGGGAGAGCCAGAGAAGUGACAGGGAAGCUACAG